GGCCUAAUUGGCCUGUUUUCCCAGCAACCUUCAGCUGCUGCAUCCUGCCUAGCCUGCGAUACUCCCUUGCUAGGCUUCUUCCUUAAAAGAACAGAGAGCCCUAAGCUCUCUGUUACAAGUAGGAAUAAAAGGAGAGUGCUGCUAUCCUGGACAGAAAAUCAGCUUCUCCACUUAAUACAUGCAUCCCCAUUUUGGGGAACUGAUUUUGGAGGAAAAGGGACAUGUUGUAUGCAAGAAAAUACAGUAUGCUGUGUGAAGCACCUGAAUAUAAAGUCAAUGCAUGGGUUCUUGGUGAUACAGAAUGCAGUUGCCAGCACUCUUCAUGGUUAAGGCCACAUGCACUUCAGGCUUGAACUCAAGUCUCUUCAUGGAUAAUCAUGGUCUCUUGCCGUUCUGGAAAAUGCAUUUACCACCCUCCUUUACAACAAGUCCCUCGGAAGGAACAGAACACAUUUACCUCCAGAGAUGAAUACAUCUUACCAGCUAUACAUUCCAGAACUUAACUUGAGUACCUUUGGCAACAACUUUACGGUUCCCACUGUCAAGAGCAAGUCAUCACCAUGUGAGCAGGUGGUCAUUGCAGCAGAGGUGUUUCUGGCACUUGGCAUUGUAAGCCUUCUUGAGAACAUCUUAGUCAUCUGUGCAAUAGUUAAGAAUAAGAACUUGCAUUCGCCCAUGUAUUUCUUUGUGUGCAGCUUAGCAGUAGCUGACAUGCUGGUCAGUGUGUCUAAUGCUUGGGAGACCAUAACAAUAUAUUUAAUAAACAAUAGGCAUCUAAUUAUGGAAGAUGCCUUUGUACGUCAUAUAGACAAUGUUUUUGAUUCAAUGAUCUGCAUAUCUGUGGUGGCUUCCAUGUGCAGUUUGCUUGCUAUAGCAGUAGACAGAUAUGUCACCAUCUUCUAUGCCCUACGUUAUCACAACAUCAUGACAGUGAAAAGAUCAGGGCUUAUUAUUGCAUGCAUAUGGACCUUUUGCACUGGCUGUGGCAUUAUCUUCAUUCUUUAUUAUGAAUCAACUUAUGUUAUCAUUUGUCUCAUCACAAUGUUUUUUACCAUGUUAUUCCUCAUGGUUUCUCUGUACAUACACAUGUUUCUCCUGGCUCGCACUCAUGUGAAGAGAAUAGCAGCUCUGCCUGGAUACAACUCUGUCCAUCAAAGAACCAGCAUGAAGGGAGCCAUCACUUUGACCAUGCUACUUGGCAUUUUCAUUGUUUGUUGGGCUCCAUUUUUUCUUCACCUCAUCCUGAUGAUUUCUUGCCCUCAGAACCUCUACUGUAUUUGCUUCAUGUCUCAUUUCAACAUGUACCUUAUCCUCAUCAUGUGCAACUCUGUGAUUGAUCCUUUGAUCUAUGCCUUUCGUAGCCAGGAAAUGCGGAAGACUUUUAAGGAGAUUAUUUGUUGCUACAGCUUGAGAAUGGUCUGUGGGUUACCCAGCAAAUAUUAGGAAAACAUGUAUUUUUGAGUAAGAAACUAAAACCUGCAAUUUUUUUCAUCAAGAGAAUUGUGAAUCAAAAUUGUUAGUAACUUGUCUGAUUUCUGCUGAAUGGACUAUAAAAAACAUCUUUCUACUUUUU